AUGAAGACGUUUGGUGGUAAAACAGUUGUUUUGGGUGGAGAUUUCCGCCAAAUUCUCCCGGUAGUUCCAAAAGGUACACGGCAAGAUAUUGUUUCUUCAGCCAUAAAUUCAUCAUAUCUAUGGGAUAGUUGCAAAGUUUUAAGGUUGACUCAAAACCUAAGACUAAGUUCGGUACCCAACGGUGGAAACCGGCAGGCAUUACAAGAAUUUGCCGAUUGGAUUGCUAAUGUCGGUGAUGGAAAGCUGGGUGGGCGGAAUGAUGGUUUCGCAGAGGUUGAAAUUCCAAAACACAUGUUAUUGUCAUCCGGAGGGGACGAUAUUAAAACAAUUGUGCACAGUACAUUUCCUAUGUUUGCAAAUGGAAACACUGACCCCGAGCAUCUGCUAGGUCGUGCUAUAUUAGCACCAACGCUCGAUGUGGUCAACGCAGUCAAUGACUAUAUGACUGAGUUGCAUAAUGCCGAAAGCAUGUCGUACUAUAGUUCAGACGCAUUAUGCAAAGCCGAUGGCGACAACGGUAUAUUUGGAGAUAUACACACACCGGAAUUUCUAAACAGCAUUAGGGUUUCAGGUCUACCAAAUCAUACAUUGACUUUGAAAAUAGGUUCACCGCUUAUGUUAAUGAGAAACAUUGACCAUUCUCUUGGUUUGUGCAAUGGGACUCGGUUGAUAAUCACAAAGCUAGCAGACCAUGUUAUUGAAGGCGAGAUCCUGACUGGACCUAACAAAGGUACAAAAGUGUUGAUCCCCCGAAUGUCAAUGUCACCCUCUGAUCCAAGAUUGCCGUUCAAGUUUCAACGAAGGCAAUUUCCAAUUAUGCUUUCAUAUGCAAUGACCAUUAACAAAAGUCAAGGACAAACGUUGACUCAUGUUGGUUUAAUACUAAAGAAACCGGUUUUUGUACACGGUCAGUUGUACGUGGCUGCAUCUCGGGUUAACAAUCCAGACGGUCUCAAAAUAUUGAUAGUCAAAGACCCAAGUUCAACUACUACAUCAACCACUAAUGUUGUAUAUCAUGAAGUUUUCAAUAAUUUGUAA